AAUUAGAGAAUCAGCAGAUGCUAAUUUGACUAAUAGGGCUGCUGCCUCGGUGCGUUUAGGGCCGGUCCGUACAGCGGGAACGCAUCGCGGGAUUGUUUGCUGCUGCAGCUCCCUCGUCCGCUGAUCGAGUGCUCCCUGCCCCACAGCCUGCAUCUGAUCGUCAUACAGAGGUUUCCCCCCCUGCUGCAUGCGUAACAUCUCUCCAAGUCCAGCCGUGGUGCUCACCAAGACCUCACCGCUCGGAUCCUCAUCUCCUACACGGAAUACGCACGACUCACACUGAGCGAGCCGCCGAGGCGAAAUCAAAACGCCGGGAUUUUAACCUCCUUUCGGGUUCAGUCCAGAGCGAAGCGAGCCCGGGAUUUCCUCUUAUCAUUUGAUAUUUGACAGAUCCGCGUUUUCUUGUGUGUGUGUGUGCGCGCGCGCGUGGUGUGUGUGUGUGUGCGUAUGUGUGUGUGUGUUGGGUGGAGUCAACCCGGAAUUCUCCAAAUUGGAAAAACCACUGGCACAUUUUCAGGAGCACCAUGAAGGACGGUAUUGCCAACAACAGCACGGCCAGCAUCUCCCAAGCCAGGAAAGCUGUGGAGCAGCUGAAGAUGGAGGCCUGCAUGGAUAGGAUAAAGGUAUCCAAAGCAGCCGCAGACCUGAUGGCGUACUGCGACGCCCACAUACGCGAGGACCCACUCAUUAUGCCCGUCCCCGCCUCUGAGAACCCGUUCCGGGAGAAGAAGUUCUUCUGCACCAUCCUCUGAUGACCUGGCGGUAGAUCUGUACGGGUGCAGGCAUGGCGUUGCCUGGCUUCUCUGUCUUCACCACACCUGAAGCUACUGGCCAUAGGCAUUGAGUUGAGUUUUGCCAGGUGGACACUCUGUUGUUGGUCAGCUCUGUCCCGGUGGCUGAAGGUUUUGGGGGAGUCGGCUACCAAACUGGCAACCCAGUGAGCGUAUCAUGUCUUGUUAAAUAGGUUUGUUAUUGCUUUGUUAUUAGAGAACAGCCUUGCUCAGUGCUUAAUGAGAUGAGAGAUGUUUUUUUUUCUUUUAUCGUGCUAGAUCUUAACAUGCCUCAGGAAACAGAAAUAUGCCCAGUGUGUCUCCGACUUUUUAAAAUAUUUAUUUCCCGUCACAUUAUCUGAAUAAAAGCGCAUUAAUCUUUGUAUUAUCUCCAACAUGAUUUCAGUUGGAUUUUUUAUUGCUUUCAGUGAACAAGUUUGACUAUUUGUAGCAACACUUGCUGAAAACACCACUGAAAUCUGACACUUCCCUUGCUACUGGUUUCUAUUUCCAUUUGCCUCCACAGUCACCAACAAUUAGCCGGCUCCUUUUAGUACCGCAGUACAGUCGGAUUCAGAUUAGAGAGCGGAAACAGGAACCUUAUCUCACACAGUAAAUUAUUUCAGCUUGUGCAAGAAAGGAGGUGGCUGCACGUCGGCUGCGCUGCAAAUAAAUAAAUAGACUCUCUGUUUAUUGAAAGGUGCAGAGCUAAUGUUUCGACAGCGAAAUUAGUUCUUCAGGGUUUUAUCACUGUGCAAACAACCCUUAAGUCAAAAAUUAUUUAUGAAUCUGCCACCUCCUUCCCUGGCCCGCACUAAUGCAUUUUACCUUUGCUGCUCUGUUUGAUUUAGUCCUCAUACAUUUCAUCCACUUCAAAUCAGAGACACUAUCCGUUAAUCCUGCCGCCCCCCCCCGACUAGAAUAUUUCUACAAAUUGCAGGAGAUCUUCCCCCUUGUGUUUCCUUUAACAGUCUCGUUUGUUCUCUGGGCAUGUUUCCUGAGCCUGAUUCUUUUUUGCCUGUCCUAGAGUGAAUGGCAAGGUCUUUGACAUUAAUGCCAAACCAGAGGCCUGCAUGUUUCUCCGCUCCUUUUACGACAGCCUCCUCUGUUUCCGAGGGACCGUCAGUCUUUUAGAGUGUACAGUAUAUGUUACAGUGCCAAUUGCUGUGAGAGCAGUGUGAUCUUCACACUGUCGUCUCGCGGUCCUCUUUUUUCUUUUUUUCUUUCCGUUUUUGUUCUUGGUUUGGAAGAAAAAGCACACUGUCGAAAACAUUUCCUUUACAUGGUAGUUGAAUAGCAUUUGCUAAUUUUUACGAUGAAUUGUUAUGAUCGUUAUUAAUAUUGUUAUUAUCGGUAGUAUUAUUGAAUAUUUGUUGCACAGCACUGACAGCUACAUGACGUGUAGUGCUACUAAGCUUGUAUGAUACUUAGGAGAAGAAAACAUUUAUAAAUCAUGCAAUUAUUGAUACUAUCUGAGUAUUUUUUAAAAACAACAUUAAGGGUCGGUUUACAUAAUAUGAUCCCUUUCGGUGGUUCAGGCUUUUUGCAUUUCUGUAAAAAUUCAAGAAAUUUCCUCUCGGUACUUGAACAGCCAUCGCAUUAGGAACACUGGACUGUCACAAACACAAACCACUGGACUCAAAUUGUUUUUUUUUUCCCAGAUAGUUAUUGUCUGUCUUUCCUAUCUAAAACCCCUGAGACUGACCUCAGGGUGCUCCCACUGACCUCAUCCUAAGGACGGUGCCAAAUCUGAACCAAGAAAUAUAACGGCUACAGAUUAAUAUUGCAUGGAUUUAUUUCUAUCUAUAACAGAGAGAACUAUUACGAUAUGAAAUAUUGCCUCCUCAUUGACUUUCUGGGUGCUACUCUGCACAUAAUUGGAGUCCGGAAAUGUCGACAAAUGUGCAGCUGUAUUCAUGAAUGGUAUUAUCGUUUUGGUAAAAAAAAAUUAAAUAAUAUUAUAGCAUUUAAAUAGCAGGCUUUGUAAAUCCUUUGAUGGAUGAAAUGAAUUAAAGGAAAACGGUAACCCAAA